AAUGAAGGACAAAAGAAAAUACUUUGUCAUAUUUUUAAUCGUAUGUAAACACCGAGACACCAUCGUAUCGAGAAGUCUAAUUCAAAAUUAUUAUCGAAGAAAAGAUAAAAACUAAAGUAAACAAGAGUAAGGAGACUACAAGAGAGAGAAAGAGAGAGAGAGAGAGAGAGAGAGAGAGAGAGAGAGAGAGAGAGAGAGAGAGAGAGAGAACGAAAACAGUGUAUCAAAAGUAAGAGCAAUCAGAUAUUAUAUUUAGGCGGCAGAAGGGGAAAGUUUCGGUUGCUCUCGGCUUUCCGAAAGCGGGUUCUCUUUGUCCAAUCACUCAAGGAUUCACGGCAAGAUGGCGCUCGGUAAGAGGCGUUCAAUGAUUGGUCGAUUAGACGACACGCGAAGUUGCCGAGAGCAGUCGCUCUCACGUCCUCGUAGCGGGCGCGUCGAAUACGUUCGUGGUUCGUUUGUGUGAUAGUGUGAAAGAGAGAGGGGGUAUAUCGUGCGCGUUCCUUUUCUCAUCACAGUCUGUUCUCUCUCUCCCUCCCAUUUCUGUCUGUCGUUCGGUGCCGUCUGCGCUCUCGCUCCCACCCGGCCAAGUAGGAAGCCAGGCAGCAGCCACCCUCUCUCGCUUUGUACCCUCGCAACGGUGGUAGCGACGACGAUGCGAGAAACGUAAUGGCCACCGUGGGCCUAGGAUAGAUAAAAGAGAGCAACUCCUUUUCUCUUUGUAUCUUUGUCGGUCUGGUCUUCUUUCAUCGAAAGUAUCGUGCAAGAAAGAGACGACAUAGGAUCGGUGUUACGAGAAAGACAGAGAGAGAGAGAGAGAGAGAGGAGACCGUUCGGACGUUAGUCCGUUUCGUUCGUCGCGGUCUGUCGGUGAAAAGUGCGUGAGCAAGAAACAAGAGAAGAAGAAGAAGAAGAUAAGCACCGUUGUUGGUGCAUCCUUAGUGUUACUUAUGUGUGCCAGCCAUUAUCGAGCGUUCUUCGCUCCAGCGAUCCCCGAGGUGCGGAGGACGGGAUUGGAUUAUAUUAUAUCACUUUGCCUUAUCGUCCAGUACAUCGCGGAUUCUACCCUUCGUACCGAAGAUACAUCAAAAAGUGGGUUCGAGAGACGACGGGAUAGUUCGGAUCAAUGACUUACUUCGCUUCCUUCCAACGUCCUAACGACGUCCUAUUAUUAGGGCAUCGUUCAUUGUUCACCGAUCAUAAUAGCUACCGCUGUUGGUCGUAAAAAAAAUGUAUCGGCUUUCUAAUGUGGAUCAAGGACUAAGUAAACCGCAUUCAUUUCGUUAACAAAAAAGGCGCGCAUGAAGCAUGAAAAAAUAUCACGGAUUUCUUCUCUGCACCUUCGCCGAAUAUUGGAAAAUCAGUCUCCGUUUGAUAUUUGGAAUCGAAUGUUCCUCGAGGAUAUUUAUCUGUGAUGAUCUCGAAUAGAGAUAACGUUGGAUCAAGAAAACCAGGCCCGAGGAUGUCUCCCGCAGACCGAAAUAAAUAAGUUUCUUUUUUUUUUUCUUUCUUCUUCGGAAAGAUAAUUUUUCGGCCAUGCCAUUAUAAUAGGAGUCAAACAAAGUGCUCUACCAAGAUCUUUUAUUCAUCCCUAUCGGAUGAUUUCAAUUCGAGUAAAAGAAUUGAUCGGGCUAUGAUAAAGCUGGGAGAUAUUCGAGUGAUAUUGGAGUCUGGUGGUCAAAUUAAUACCAGUCAAUGUGGAACAAAAUGUGACGGGCUAAUCGAAUGCUAUUAACCUGUCAAGAUAUUACGAAUGACUGAGAAGAACAGACACUCACAUACAUACAUAUAUAUGUAUAUAUAUAUAAUUAUAUGUCUAAGAAUGUAGAAAUAUCUAUGAAAGAUUUAUUGACUGAUUUGAGAUUCUAAAAAUGACUAUAAUACCUACGAAUACUAGAGCGACGAUGCUCGGUAGGUAAGAAAAGGACUGGCCCUUCUCUCUCUUUUCAUUUCCCAGCCCAUGAUCGAAAAAUAUUGAAUAAUUCAAAGGAAGAUCUUUUUCGCUCUUCCGAUGCGUCAAUAAAAGAGGAAGGCGCAAAUGGGAAUAGAAUAGUAAUCGCAAAGACUGGUCCUCGUAAGUGUCCUUAUUUCGAGAAACCUCCCCACCGUCGUCUUCUUUAGGUCGUUCUGCUGCCUACUACUACUAUUACUACACUACUACUACUGCUACUAUUACUAUAACUACACUACUACGCUACCAUCACCAUCACCUUGGCUCUUCGUCGGCACUCCUUUCUCCCGGUUAUGGAAUGAGCCGGCGUUCGACCAGAAUACUUGGACGUUCGCGGGCUCGCAUAAACAUUAUCGAGCAUCAUGAUAGGAACGAUGCGCUUGCUUCUCUCGUCAUUCUUAAUUACCAUGCAAUUUUGUGUGAACGUUUGCCUGUCAAGCGGUGACGGUGGCCCUAAUAGUCCUAUCUUCAACUUAGAUCAUACGGCGUUAGAGAAGAAUCUCGCUGCGAUAUUUAUCAAGGUCGCACACAGUUCGGCCACCACGAAACGUAGCGUACCUGCUUAUGACGCUCAAGUUUCAGCCAGUACUACCUUAUCGACCGUACCGUCGCCUUUAACAACCUUCACCACCGCUACGACCACAACGGCGACUAAGUCAACGACGACAACGACGACAACGACGACUAGAGCUAUAACAACCUCUGCGAUUAAUCCCUCGUUACAUUCUAUAAGAAUUCCAGUACCUCGUGCUACAGCAUCCUCGGGCAUACGCGAUUUACCAUCGUAUGCACCGCCUUCGCGAGCCUUGUUUACACCACCCCUGCCGCCGGAGUACCUUCAUCCAUUCGCCGACAAGCCAACGCUUAGGGGGACAAAUUCUGACGUACAUACUGGCGCAAGAAGGCCCGUACCACCCCCUAGUCUUACCCCCGCGCACGAGAGAAUACCAAUCAGGCCACCUGACCUAGUACAAGUGCCUGCUUCCCAUGGUCCAGAGAGACACUCGCAUUCCAGAAAUAAAGCCAUCAAUACGAGCAACGCCAAUUCAAAAUCCGGGCUUGACUUCGCCGAGAACGAGAAGAGAAAUAACUCGAACGAGUUCGUACCGACUCUUCAUUAUCCAAGUAUAUCGCGCAUUCUUUCCGGUAGCAAUGGUAGAAAACAAGACAUUCCCGAGAUUCUUUUGAAACCACUUGCUACAAAGAGCCCGUUGCAGAACGUACCACUGGUUAUAACGACCGAGAGAAUGAGUACGUCGACGACGAUGUUAGUAACGACGACAACCGCUACAGGAACGACUACUAUGAUGCCGAUGACGAGUACGGUCGAUCCGUUUAGAAAGGUUACUCAACCGACUAUCUUCAACCUGCCAAAUACGAGAAGACAGGAGAACGACGGUGAUUAUCAACAUGGCCUGAGAACGGAGAACGGUUUCAAGACGGAUAAUAUCGAGAUAGUCGAUACAGAAAGACUGCCAUAUCCUCAACCUCAACCACCAGCACCACCGUCGAAGAAACCAAACGACAAGGGCGGUGAUUCUUUGGUACCUCACAUAGACACGCAUCCUUUAGAAUCGACUUGGAAAAUCGCCUGGUCUCUUCACGUUUACGUCGCAGCCAUCAUGUUUACCCUGAUGGCGUUGUACUCGAUCUACAAGAUCGUUCGUUUCAACGAAGCUACCAAUCUUCUUACCCAGUCGUACUUCCUCGCCGUUCAUCUUCUCUUGACGACCGUCUGUACUCUGAGGUGUUUUCAUCUGUUCUACGAUGCCUACAAUUUGGGCCAUUCUUUGCCGGAACCGUUGUCACGGGUUUUAAUGUACUUACCGGCACCGUUGUUGUCGGCAGCCUUUGCAACGCUCGUGCUGUAUUUAGCCCGAUGCUCCGAGGCACCGUCGCUGAACAACAAACUCUUAUCUCCAGCUGCCCUAGUUUUAUUCUCAACCGUUCACAUAGUUCUCUGCGUCUCUCUCCACGUGUCCACUCACGUGUUAGGUUAUCGAGAUGAAGCAGAGAUAUUGCCCCUAGUUUGUCAGUGUAUCUACAUCAUUGUCUGCGUUACACUCGGCCUCUGUUAUGUUUACGUGUAUCGUGUCGUACGCUCGCAAAUACACAUUACGAACAAUAAGACUGCUGGUGUCAAUCACGUGGUCGCUGGCAUCGAUCCUUCGACCGUGGCAUUGAGUACGGCCAUUACGACGACUACAGCGACAGCAAUGCUCUUCAUACUGAUGGGUUUUGUUCAGCUUUACGGUAUAUUUGGCAUACGUGAACGUUCUCAGCCUUAUCCUUGGCUCUGGUGGGGUUGGCAGUUCUCCGUCAGGUUACUGGAACUCUCCGUUUGUGGGCUAUUGGUUUGGGUCGCUAGUCUCUCGCAGUAUCCCCUACGAGAGAAACAACUCCAACAACAUCCAGCUCAUUCGGGUUUUGCCCUCUUCCCAUGUGGGAGUUCCACGUCUACGGAGAACAUGGACGAUGUAUUGUAUCCAGCGAUAUGCAGCACCAAUCAAGCGAUACAAAAUUAUACCAUGAGGACUGGAAAACAAGUCUACGACGACAGUUUUCCACUUAACACGUUGCCCGAACAUUUGAACAUAUCAGGUACCUUCGAAAGGCAUUCCAUUCGCAAGUCCGGCACGAUGGGUCAUUUUCCGCAUGAAGGCCGGGGAUCAUUGAGUCGUCAUGGCAACGGUGUGCAAACUUUGAGAAAUUCCGAAAGUCGGGGCAGGCAUACACCUGUUCCAGCUUUACACGAGCAAGCUCCGACAACUGGGUCUACGAUGCUGGUGGCGGAAGACGGCUUCGUCAGGUUUCGAAGUUUAGGUGCGGAAGAAGACGAGUUGUCUGAUAGCCAGAGUAUGGUGGGAACUCAUGGUAGAGGGAGUUCGUUGGCUGGUAGCGUUAGAUUUAACGCGAGGCAUACUAAUAUUCAACAUCAACAUCAGCAUUCGCAACACCAGCAUCAACAUCAGCAUCAACACUCGUUGCAACAUUCUCACCCGAGCCAACAUCAGACGAGUCAUCAUCAACUCUACAACAAUACGUAGAGAUUCGUCGUCGUGCUAAAUUAUUACGAUGAUGCAGCUUAGUGAACCUAUUUCAUCGUUUAUCAGCUGGAUACGUCAAACGGCUCGAUAAUUCGAUGGACUUUUUCGAACAAAUGAAUAUAUCGCGUUAAUUAUAUAUAGAAAUAUAUAUAUAUAUAUAUAUACAUUUCACACACGUACACACAUACACACAUGCCAAUUGAGAGAACUAAUGAUCGUUAGGUAAAAAGCGUAAGACGCUUUUUCGUCGACAUUGUCGUAUAAUGUCCGAGUACUUUUUUUAAUUUGUAUAUCUUUGCGAAACGCGGUAUCGCGUUGUCAUCGUCAUCGAAAAAAAAAAGAAAAGAAAAGGAAAAACGUGAAAAGUGUUCCAGUGCGCUCUACGCGAGUGUCGAUUUGUACCUCGCGAACUAAACUUUCUUGGACUACUCUCGUUUCAUCAUGCAGGGGUAAGGGACGAAAGUCCUUAGAUAGACCAAAAGUUUUUAGGCGAUAUUAAAAAUCAAUUUUACCAUUUUUAGAGACAUUUGGGUUAAUCUCUCUCUCUUUUUUUUUUUUUUGUUCUUUUUCACAGAUUGUAAAACUACGACUAUAGCUCGUCAAACUACAAAACCAGCACCUGUCACAAGUCUCAAAAAAAAUAAAAAGAGUAAUUGAUUUUUGUAAUCACGUAGGAACUUUUGGGCUGUUCUGUAUUAUCGCGAAAAAGAAGAUAUUGUCUCCCCCUUGUUGUAUAGAAAAAAAAUCAUUCCUAUAUAUUUCUCGCUCCUCUCCUUUUUACGUGUUAUUAUCAUCACGUCUUAUUAACACGCGUAUCAUCUAACUUUGCGAGUCGAGCCGCUACCCCUACUCUAAUGUACUUAUAUUUAUUUUCUAUCUUCUAAUAGGCGAAGAAAGAAAGAAAGAAAGGAAGGAAGAAUGAAAGAAAGAAAGCAAACAAGUAAACAAGUAUACGGCGAAUUCUCGUUCAUGAAAACGGGAUUCAUGUAUCUGGAUAGUCCAGGGUAUUUCGAGUCGUAACGUUAUUAAAAUUAGGCACUUGGUACUUAAUAAGAUGAUAAAUACGUGUGAUUGAAAAGAAAAAAAAAAUAAUGAAAAGCUAUACGGUGUCUCUCCCUCGACGUAAUGAAAUGGAAGCAAACUUUACUCUCAUAUAUAUUUUAUCAUUUUUUUAUUUUUUAUUAUUAUUAUUAUUAGUAGUAUUAUUAUUGUUAUUAUUAUUAUUCUCUAUCCGAUUAAUAUUAAACUCGGCUGUGUGGAAUGGACUGAAAGAACAAACAAUUAAAUUUUUUCUUUUUUUUUCUUUGUUUAUAUACUGGUAAUUUAUAUUCAUAAUAAUAACGAUGAUGACGAUGAUAAUAAUAAUAGCAAUAAUAAUACAAAUAAAAAAUAAUAAUAAUAGAUGGUCGAUGAAAAAAAUAUUUUGUCCUUUGUUCAAUAUGGCGCUAUAUAAUACGUAAAUCACACAUCUGCCGACUUUAAAUUUUCGCGUGUAUUGAAAACGACGUCCGCUUUACUGAUGUUCAAUGGGAGAUAUAUUUUUCAAUCAAGAAUACCCAUACAUAAAAAAAAAAAAAGUAAAAGUCUAUCACGAUUUCUCAAACGUAAAUUAUUAUUUACAAAAAGAAAAAAAAAAACGCGAUUCUCUCAAAAACGGUAUAUUCUAAAAGGAGACUUAUUCUCUUAUUGAAAGCUAAUUAUUGUCGAGCCAAACGAAAAAAGAAUACACCGUUUGUACAGUCAAUAUCAAUAAUUGAUAAUUUAAUCGAUCGAUCGAUACGAAUGUACAUUUCAUUCAUCGUCCAACAACCCUCUUUGAGCCCUGAUAAAAAAUUUAUUAGUUGUAUUUAAAAAAUAUCAAUUGAACAAUCAAUUUUGAUAUCGAUGUUCCUUUUAGCGCAUGUCAAAGUUAUUUAUAAAAUAUAAUGCAUUUAUCAUCAAUGCUCUUAUAUAUUAUAUUUUGGAAGAUUCGUCAAUUGUUGAUCAUGCAAAAAAUAAAAACAAAAGAUAGGAGAAGUUCACGUAAUAUUUAUUGCUAUUGCAAACACACGUGCAUUCACGUUAAGUUUUCUCUUGCCAAGUUGCAAUAAGGUCAUGUGAUGAAAUCAAUGAGAAAAAGAGUUAUUUUAGAAAUAAUAUCAGAAUGUGCAUGGUCAUAGUAUUGGCGCAUUGUGUAAUUUUAACAUUAUACUUUUAUAGAAGAGGCUAUAGAGGGUUUAGUUUAAGUCAUAAAAACAUUGAACAUGUGUUUAAUUUGUUAUUAAGAUUUAGCAUUAAGUUAGACAUAUGAUAUAUAUAUAUAUAUAUAUAUAUAUAUAUAUAUCAUCAAUUUUUUAGCGAUCAAAUACAAGCGAAUAAGUAAGACAAUUUGAAUUUACAUACGAGCCAGUGAUUAUUUUUCUUAUUUUUGUAUUUUUAUAUAUAUUUUUUUUUUGUAUUUUUUUUAUUUACUUUCCUUCUCAGAACCUAAUGGUACAAAGUAGGAGUUUCUACUUUUCCUUUCGUAUAUUAAUAUAUAGGCUUAAGCAAUCGUGCAGUCUGUAUGUUUAUAUUGACAUUGUAAAUACGGUACAUAUACACGGGCUCUCAUAAUUGAUGAUAAAUAUAUUUGUCACACGGUAGAUUUUUACAUGAAAAAACGAUUAAAAAAUCUAUCGGUAGGUUGUGCGCAGUUUGAAUUUUUGACAUUAUAUCUCAAUUGUAAAUUCCAAUGAACAACACGCUCUCAUUUGUUAAUUUAUAACAGAAAUCUGUAUUUAUUAUCUGAAAAACAUUCCACAGAGAGAAAGAGAGAGAGAGAGAGAGAGAGAAGCGAAUUAGUGGAAUUUUAUUGCUAUUUUAGAUUAACAUAGUACUCGAGAGAGAAAGAGGGAAAGAGAGAGAGAGAGAGAGAGAGAGAGAGAGAGAGAAAGAGAGAAAGAAAAGAAAGAGAAAGAGGAACAAAUGUGUAAAUAAAAGCUUUUUGCGAAAUAUUA